AUGCGUCCCUCCAGCUACAUCCCGCUCCUCGCCGGCGCUGCCAUUGCGCAAGAGUCCGCGACGAUCCUCAACUUCUUCCAACUCGACAGCACCCUCACCGUGCUCGGUUCGGAUGCGAGCGCAACAACCUACGAGAACAGCUGUCCCUCAGAUGGAGUCGGCGUGUCAGUCGUGCCGUCUGAUCUCCUACCGAUCACAGACGACCCCUCCGAGACUCCCUCGCCUACACCCGCGCCUCGCAUGCGCCGCCAGGACGAUGAUUCCAACGAGGACUACUCCUUCUGCGAGCCGUAUACCAUCCUACAAGGCCCCGAGACGUACGAGAUGCACCUCACGGACCCGACUCCAGGCGCGUGGACAAUGGACAUGGCCUGCAGCUGGCAGGGCGCAAUGUCAACGGCAGACUUGACCUGCGACGUCACCCAGAGCGGAUACGUCCCGGACCAGGCCGACCAGGUCGCGUCCACGAGCGUCCUGUCGCAGAGCGAGAUACAGGAGAUGGAGGCGUAUCAGGUAGUUGCACUAGUCACCGCAACUGGUGCGUCUUAUCCAGGAUCAGCCUCAGCGACUGGAGGGCCAUCACCCACUGGCUCGGCAUCAGGAACAGGACCGACAUCGCCUUCGAGGUCUCAAUCCGGUGCCGCCUCGACGCCGAGCACUGGUUUGGCACCUGCUGGAUCUCUCCCGAAUGCGAUGGCGAUGACAACGUCGAGAUCGAAGCAAGGUCUACUAAGUGAACUAUCCUGGGCGCAAUCACUUACAGCUCGGCUCCGUCGUGACCGGGACAACUGGCGCUCGCUCGCUCUGGAGCAGGAACAGGACCUCAAGGCCGCCCAUCAGGACCUUGAGCACCAAACUUGCGUUGUGUCUGAGAUCGAGCAGGAAAAUGCCAAUCUCCGCUUCCGCCAUGAAGAGGAUAGGACAGCUGGCGGGCAACUCUACUCGCGCUUCCAAAUACUCGUCUCCGCGCAUGACAAGCUUGUCGAUCAGCUCAACGAUGCUAUGCGUACCAUCGCCCGUCUUAAGAAGAGCGACCGUACCAAGGACAAGGUGCAGCAGCGCAAUCUGAGCUUGAAGGCCACGCUGCAUAGGUACACAUCUCAGGGCACCUCGGCCACUACACAAGCCGCCGCAGACACCGAGUCUACCCUGAGAGAAGCACUGGCGUUGGCUAAUGAGCGUAUUGAAGAGCUUGAGACCAAGGGCGGGGCCAUGCUUGACGCAUUAGAGAAGCGCAACGAUAGCUGUGGCAGUGACGAGGAAGAAGAGAUGGGACAGGGAGACGUCGAAGCAGGAAUGUUGGAGGCCGAGGUCGCGUUCCGCGGUGUUAUCGAGGAUGAGUCUUUCAAAGAGCAGAAAGUGCUCUGGCUGGACUUGUUGGAUGGUUGA